GAGGAUGAUCACGCUUGGACGACAGUAGAAGAAUUAGAAGCAGGAGGAAUGAAGGAAAUACUUCAUGGAAUGCUAUUCAAGACAAGUUGCCUAGGGAAUAUUCUGGAAAAAUGUUUUUUGGGAUUAUACUGAAGCUUAACCUCAGGAGUUCCUGUGUAAAGGGUAAAAGCCACCAGCACAAGAUUCAGAGUGCAAUGAAACAAACCAAACAAAAAAGAUACUGGAAUUAACUUCCUGUGUUGCAAGAAGGGAGAAGAAAAAAGCAGCAAAGAAUCCUGACCACAAAAACCAUGAGAGACCGUCUGCAAGAGCUCAGACUGAGGGCUAAGGAACUACAGAUGGGUGGGGAAAACAAUGGUGCAACUGUCCAAGGAGAGGAGCAGGAGGAGUUUGAACAGCAGGCCAUUAUUUAUGAAAAAGAGCCCAUCACUGAAAGGCACUUGCACGAAAUCCAGAAGCUUCAGAACGAAAUUAAUAACCUGGUGGAAGAAGUCAAUAAAUUCAGCCAACAACAAAAAAGCCUCGUGUCCUCAAUGAGAAGGUUCAGCGUUCUCAAAAAGGAGUCUAACAUAGCCAGGGAAAUCAAACUGCAGGCAGAGCACGUCCGCAGAGGUUUGGAUGAGCUGUCCAAAGCAGUGAGGAGAGCUGAGAGCGAGCAGGGGCCAGCCCGAGCCGCGGUGAGGAUCCUGGCGGCCCAGCACGCCUUCCUGUCCCACCGCUACCUGCACGCCAUGCUCGCCUACAACGAGGCCAUCACCGCCAAGCAGGACAAGUGCAGGACCUUCAUCCUGCGCCAGCUCGAGGUGGCUGGCAAAGAGCUGUCUGAGGAGGAGGUCAAUGACAUGCUCCAGCAAGGAAAGUGGGAGAUUUUCAAUGAAAAUCUGCUCACUGAAGUCAAGAUUACUAAAGCUCAGCUGUCAGAGAUUGAGCAGAGACACAAAGAACUGGUCAAUCUGGAGAACCAGAUCAAAGAUGUGAAAGAACUCUUCAUCCAGAUCUCGCUUCUGGUGGAGGAGCAAGGGCAGAUGAUCAACAACAUAGAAAUCUACAUGAACAACGCUCAAGAAUAUACUCAAGCAUCUAAAGAAAAGUUUGGGCUUGCAGUCAGGUAUAAAAGAAGAAACCCUUGCAAAGCAAUUUGCUGCUGGUGUUGUCCGUGCUGCAGAUGACACCAGGAAUUAACUGCUUGAAAUACCAGUGGUUCCUCCACACCAAACUGAUGUUUGAAAGCACUCUUGGCAUCCCUCAACUGCUUCACUUUUCUUCCCAUUUUCCCUUCAGCAGAGCUCUCAGGAAAAACUGCAUCUGUUUUUCAAGACAGAGUAAAGAAUUCUAUGGUUUUCACAGAAACACAUGAACUACAGGAAAGGGUCAAAGGAUAUAAGUGACUUUUUUUG